UUUUAAUUUGUCACCUAUAUGUAUUUUUUAAAAAUCUAUUUAUUUAAAAGUUUCUCACAUGUUUCUGCAUAUGAAAUAAUGACUUUUAUGUUAAAUACUUGCUAUCCAUAGUCUCCAAGCAGGCUAUUUUAAAGCUGUGCUUGUGGAAAAUUCAGAUGCGCCACAGCAACAGAUGAACAUUUAGCAUAAAACAAAUGCAAUACAAUUCAUUCAACUGAGCAUUAGAUGGCAGUGUCUCUCCUUAACACCUGUAUCAGACAGUAUUUUAUUUUUCAUUACUCCCAUAAUAAGUCACAAAGUACAAAUACAGUCGAGGAACAAAACUUGUGGAGGAGAUGUGAUUGCCUCAGGUUUUUUGAUUAUGACCUUUGCUGGAAUAAACUCUACACUGUAUUUUUAAUCAAAGCCCUUUCACAGCCAAAUCAACAGGAAUAACCACAGCGGUGAUCCACAGGCUUAUCAGUUGCUUAUUGACACCACAAACAAAGCAGCUCAAAUGAUGAAUAGGUCUCAUUUAUUUAGACAAAUCAUAUAACAAUGUUACAUAAUGAUCCAGGACCGAGAGGAGGGUACUGAAAGAAUGUCAAGAUUUGAACAAGACCACUGACAGACUUGGUCCAGAAAAAGAUGAAGUAUUAGGAAAAUGAUUAGGCUGUGAUUAGGUGACUGCUGCUGCCGGGAUAUUUUUCACCAUUAAAGGAAAAGUCUAACAUAUUGGAUAACACUUAUUCUCCUCAGGAAUGUUAAAAAUGGCUUUACAAAUGUUGUGGUUUUAUGAGGAGUUAUGUGUUGGAACAAAUGAGAUGUAAUGUGUUGAUAAUGAGUUUCACAGAUGCUGGUGAGUGGGUUUUAUCGCACAUAGAGUCAGGCAAGCUGUUCCUUCCUUUAACAUUUUGGUAAAGACACUUUUUGCCUGUUUAAUAGCUGUGAAGCUACAGUCAGCAGCUGGUUAACUUGGCUUAAUAUAAAAACUGGAAACAGGUGCCGGCUCUGUCUGAAGACAAGACUCCAAGAAAUAGCCAAUAUCUGAACCAUUGUGUGUCAUUUUUAGUGUUUUUGUGUGGAUUAAACAAAGAAUAUUGAACAUGUUGAUUAGUGAGCUUUUAAAGUUGAUUAACCCACAGCGUUGUCUGAUUAUCCUCAUGAUUUUGCCCAUCAUUCACAUACAUGGAAAGAUUUAUAAGAGCAUGUAACAUAGGACAGAUGUGGAGGCCCUGAGGCUGUGGCACCAGGCUUUCCACAUUCCUCCCACUGACCACGGCUGUAAACUCACACAGGUUGAGAACAACAGCGAAUCUUUUCUUUGGCACACACUGCAAAGUUUUCCACAAAGCGACCGGCUGGCCGGCUCCAGCUGGACCCCGACUGAAUUGUGCUGUUGCUCUCCUUUGCUGUUCACUUUCCUCACUGCUUAAAUGCCCAGUUAACUGGAGUAAUUGGUCUGACCCUGUGGGAGGCUGUUUUCAGAUGUAUGAGUCAGUGGUUGAGGAGAGAAAGGAGAGAGGGGAGUAACCGGGGUGGAAAUAUGAGCACAAGAAGCAGAGACACCCUGCCCCUCACUGCUCCCUUCCUUCAGCUGCAGCUCCCAUGCAAAGACACGAGCAGACGGAAAGUGUUCCUGCAUUAAAACAAGCUGUUCAUAUCCCUUCUACACAUCUGUUUCUCAUGCCGGUGGCAGGAUAUAACCUGUAAAACAACGUCUGGUAAUAGACACGCCGAGGGGGAAGGUAAUGACCCUUUACCACAAAUCUAGAGUCAGCGCAUUCAGCUACUUGUCAGAAACUUAUUCAGACUUUAAUCAACAAAUUAGAGCCCCUCUCACACGGUGAUGUUGUCAUGUGAGUUUACAAGAGAAAAGUGGGAGUGACUGAUGGAGGUGGACAAAGGGAAGCAGUCAGAGAGGAGAGAGUGAGGCUCGACAACUGUAAGGAAGGUGCAGAUGCAAAAAAAAGAAGAAGGAUGUGAGGACAUGUGAGGAGGAAAAAAAGCAGACUUUGUGGAAAAAUAAGCAUAAAUGAAGGAGUGUCUGCUGGUGACGGUGUGGAUCAAGUUCAGCCCCUCGCUCCUGGAGGAAAUAAUUCCAUUUAGACCAGACUGACAUGAUGUGGACAACAACUGUCCUCCUGCUGCUGCUGCCUCACCUGCUUUCCUCCGCAGACAAAGGGAACAGUGGUGAUUUUAACCAAUCAGAGAUAGGGGAAGAGGACUUUUUUGAUGCUCCUGUCAAAGCCCAGAAACCUGUUGGGGAGGUCAGAGGUCGAGACACAUGCUCCAUCCCCUGUGACAUCACUGUCAAGCUGCUACGAGAUGAAAAACACUCCAUCUGCGGUCAGCUACAACAGUCUCUGCUAGCUUUCGGACGCAGCACACGGAAGUUGAUCAGGGAUGUGAUGGAGGAGCAGCAGAGAGCUCUGGACAUCCUCAGCAGUCAGGUCACAGAGCUGAUGACCAAAGUGCAGACACUCAGUUCCGAAGUUCAGAGAAGCAACACUGAGAUGUACUCCAUAAAGCCUGUGCAGUCCCAUGGACGAGACUGCAGCGACAUCAAGGACAAUCUUAUGCCAGUCGUCCCAAAGAUCCCCAGUGGUAUUUACAUCAUCCACCCAGACAAUAUUGACUCUUCUUUUGAGGUGUUCUGUGAGAUGGACUACAUGGGAGGAGGAUGGACGGUGAUGCAGAGGAGGACUGAUGGAUUAACUGACUUCAAGCGACCCUGGGCUGAUUAUGUUGACGGCUUUGGACAUCUUGCAGGAGAACACUGGCUGGGCCUGAAGAAGGUGUUUCAUAUAGUAAACCAGAAAGACACUCGGUUCCAGCUUCACAUUGCUUUAGUUUCCCACGAUGAUGUCACCUCUUAUGCGUCAUAUGAUGACUUCCGCCUCGACAAUGAAACGCAGUUCUUCAGUAUACAACUGGGCAGAUAUGCAGGCAGUGCAGGUGAUGCAUUCCGCGGCUACGACCAGGAUCAGAACCAGGACACGGCUCCGUUCAGCGCCUCAGACGUGGACAAUGACGGCUGCAACCCUUUCUGCUCCAUUGGUAACUCCACUGUGGAGAGCUGCAGCAUCCAGCAGAACCAGACUGGAUGGUGGUUCAACCAGUGCGGCCUGGCCAACCUCAACGGUUCUCCUGAGGAUCCAGAGCAGAACCAGGGUCAGAGGACACACAUCCUGUGGGACACCUGGAGGCAGAAGGGAGUCCCUCACACCAUCAAAUCUGUCACCAUGAAGAUCAGGAGGAUUGCAACCAACAACUGACAGCAAGAGGAGGGAGAAUGUAGAUAUAACAACUGAAAGUUUUUUAAAUAAAAUGGGAUUUGUGGAGUCUUA